GGAAGUACGAGCGGUUCUGGUGUUUACACUUCAGCCUGGAAGCCAUUUCUCAUGGCAACUUCACACAGAGCGCUUUUCUUCAAACUUACACCGUGUCUUUUUUUUAUUUUGUAAACUUUAUAUUUUAGUGUUUAUAUUGUGCUUUCCGCCUCACAAAAGGGUCACAAAAGGAGAAAGCAUAUUUAGUUUGGUAGCGGGUUGAGUCAAGCAAGACGGACAGGUGUCAGGCGUUAUAGCAGGAUGAAUGAAUUAUUGGAGAAUAAUUCUAUCAGUCCUCUGAUGAUGGAUUCAAACAGGAGUGUGAAUGAUUCAGCCACUCGCUCCGCACUCUCACUUUCUGAUAUUAACAUGUCUAACAUGACAGUAGUCAUAAAGAAUGGAACUCUGGUGGAGGACUAUAUUUUCUUGAACACAACUACUGCCCAGGCGCUCUCAGGAAUAUUUGUUUGGUCUGCACUGCUCAUCACUUGUCACCAGAUCUACUCCCACCUGAGGUCAUACACGGUGCCGAACGAGCAGCGCUACAUCAUCCGCAUCCUGUUUAUCGUACCCAUCUAUGCCUUUGACUCCUGGCUUAGCCUCCUUUUCAUCAGCAAUGACCAGUACUAUGUCUACUUUGACUCUGUCCGGGACUGCUAUGAAGCAUUUGUGAUCUACAAUUUCCUGAGCUUGUCCUUCGAGUAUCUAGGAGGAGAAAGUGCCAUAAUGGCUGAAAUACGAGGAAAACCCAUUCCGUCGAGUUGUCUGUACGGCACCUGCUGCUUGAGUGGAAUGAGCUACUCCAUCGGCUUUCUCCGAUUCUGCAAACAGGCCACACUUCAGUUCUGUGUUGUGAAACCCAUCAUGGCCAUCAUCACUAUCUUCCUGCAAGCCUUCGGGAAGUACCACGAUGGAGAUUUUAAUGUUAAUGGAGGAUACCUCUACAUUACAAUCAUCUACAAUGUCUCUGUAAGUCUGGCCCUCUAUGCUCUGUUCCUCUUCUACUCUGCUACCAGUGACCUCUUGAGGCCGUAUGAACCAGUGCUCAAGUUCCUUACCAUCAAAGCAGUUAUUUUCCUCUCAUUCUGGCAAGGCAUGAUUCUGGCCAUCUUGGAGCGCUGUGGGGUGAUCCCAGAGGCACUGGUCAUUGACGGGCAUGAGGUGGGCGCCGGGACGGUGGCAGCCGGCUGGCAAAACUUCAUAACUUGCAUCGAGAUGUUCUUCGCUGCAAUUGCACUCCGCUAUGCCUACAGUUACGACGUUUACCAAGAGAAAAAGAGCCACGCUCCAGAUAAUGUGGCCCCCAUGCACAGCAUCUCCAGUGGGCUAAAAGAGACCAUCAACCCUGGAGACAUGGUUCAGGAUGCCAUCCACAACUUCUCGCCAGCCUACCAGCAGUACACGCAGCAGUCGACGCAGGAGGUGGUGCAGCCGAAUCAGAACGGCAAGCUGGGCCCCGCCGUGACCAAGAGCUCGAAGAAAUCCGACAAGAUCACCCUGAUCGACACAGACGACGAGUUCUAGCGAGCAGCAAGGCAACAUGUACUUCUAUUGGUGUGUGAUUAGGCAGCGAGUCAUACUUUGAAAUGAGCAGUGAGGGUUUUUGCCAGAUGGUGAAGCUUGCCUUGUGAACGCAGCCUUAGCAUCUCUAAAGAACACCUGAUAAAUCAAUGGCGUAAGUAAUCUUACCUGCAACAGAAACAUGUAUUUUAAAUUGUAAAUAAUGUGUAUAUAAUUCUGUUAAGGGGGUGAAUAAGUUAAAAUAAUUUGUAAUAAAUAACGUUUCCUCACUUUUUUCACUUUAUAAUGAAUGUUUUUAAACAAAACCGUUUGGACUAGUGCACAUUUGUUUCAACUGAAGUGUUUUUUUAGUGUAUAGUUUGAACCCAGCUGACUUUUCUAAGGUUCAAGCAGCGUCAUGAACAGUUACACCAAAUUUUUGCAGGAGUACCCUUGAGAGGGUGGUAAGUCAUCACAGAGCCCCGUGAUUGCCGUCCCCCCUAAGACAUAGCAAAUCAUGCCUGUGUAGACGCCCGGUCAGGCUAGACCUCUGCGCCACCCAAGCGCUGUCAUGUUUCCUUAUAGCAUUAGUAAAGUUUUUGCAUUUACUGUAUUUUGCCAAGCAACACUCGAUACCAAAACUGAGCAGUUCCUUAUCUAGGGUCGUGAUCCACAAGGGCUGCAUUGUGGUCUCAGUUACCAGAGUAUUACUCUAACAGUACCUUAAAAACAGAUACCGAGCCCCUGUUAGUGUAGAAUCCAUUUCAACUAUACCUUAGUCCUAGUCUGGAUUACUUAAGUGCUUAACACUGUGAUUGUGCAUGUGUGUGUUUCAGGGUAGAAACCUAGUAGUUGGGCCUGUUUACAUGAGGGCCAAAACCGAAAGCAACACGUUCCUUGUUGCUCAUAUCACGCAGAGCUUGUAUGUGUGAAGUCAACAUUAAAGUGUUUAAUACGUUCCAAUAAUAGCACACUUUUGAAUGUAACUUAAAACAUUUUAAACUUUCAGUUCCCACCCCUGAGCACAGUUUACAUAUGCAACUUAACACUUCACUGUUUCAUGUGCCAAAGCCACCUGCCUUAAAAUAUUAGGAUAUUUGAUAUUGGUAUUAAUCACUUAAGCUUGUGUAAAUAGCAACAUAUAACAUUAUGAGUUAGAUGCUGUGGAUCUUCAUACCUUGUGGAUUUUAACCAAUAAAACUGUCUUGUGUAUAAAAG